GAGAUCUUUGAGAAUGAAGGUGCUUUGAGGAGCCUUCCGGAAUGUCUUUGAAUGGGACUGGACUUGCGCUGCACCGGGCUAAAAAAUGCGCACUUAAACACUGGGUCAUAACAUUGGAUUACCUGUAUGUGGAUAUACUCUGUCUUUAACGGACUGACAAACGGACUCAGAUUUAACGCCAGGAGCAGGUCUGUUUCUCUGUGUGUGAUCUGUCAAAUAGUUUUCAUCCAACUUUGAACUGGAACCAUUUUAACGGACUAUAAUUCAACAAUACGACCACAGUGCCGUUAUUAUAUGCCCCUAUCACUGGAUAUAAAGGAACUUUUAUUGUAAAUGUUUUUAUAUAUUUAUUUCCAUAAUAUUUUUUUUUAAUCGGAUUUGUGCCAGACAUGACGACCUUUGCCCCUUUGCUUCUCGCUCUUGGCUCCAUGGCGAGCGUUGCGUACGGGUGCCAACUGCCCACCGAGUGGCGUCCACUGAGUGAGAGCUGCCGUGCGGAACUGGCAGAGAUCAUUGUGUAUGCCAAGGUGCUGGCAAUUCACCGGGAGGAGUAUGGCGGGGCAGAGGGCAUCUACAACUCUCUGUAUGGUUAUGAGGGCGCUGAGGAAGGGUUGCUCUACUCCGCAGAGGUGGAGCUCAUGUGCGACCAGGCGUGGGGCAGCAUGCUGGAGGUGCCGGCGGGCUCACGCCUCAACCUGACAGGGCUGGGGUACCUGUCGUGCCAGUCUCACACCGUGAUGGAGAACUACUCCUAUAUCUUCUUCCUCCGGAUGGAUGAGAACUACAACAUCCAGCCCCACGGGGUCAACUUCCAGGACGCCAUCUUCCCAGACACUGUAGAGAAUCGCCGUACGUUCUCCAGCCUGUUCCAGUUCUCCAACUGCUCCCAUGGCCAACCCCUCCAGACCUUCUCCCCAGAGUGGGACCCCCAGGAGGACAGUAGGUGUGCAGGUGUGCCUGUUUCUCGAAGUGGUGUUUACACAGAUGAUCCUCCACAGCAAGCAGCUCUUGUGCUCCUCGGUGCAGGGGGCUCUGUUCGAGGAGGAGGAGAAGAGCAGAAAGCAGCAGGAGCGCCUGGGCCAGCUGGAGAGGAGGAACAGGCAGCUGAAGGAGCGCGUCCGGAAGGUGAAGCGCUCCCUCCGGAAUGCCAGGAAGAGCCAGCGCCUUGUGGAGCAGGAGAGGCAAGAGCUGGAGGAGAGGCUGAGGUCAGCGGAGAGAUGGGCUGGGCACCACCUCAAUACUAUCACACAGGAGGCUACGCCCAGCAGAUACCAGGAGACUGUGUUUCACCGCACGCCACACACACCGCUUUAGUCUCUGGACUGGAUGUUGUUAAAGACUGCUGGGAAGUCUCUCUAAUUCCUGUUGUUCACAGGCACACACUCAAUACUCAUUUAGUGUCGUAUAUACUGUAGUUUCUACACACAUUACAGAGAGGGCAUCCAGUAGACCUCGAAUAGCAAUUUUGUCCAAUUUGUAUUAGUGAAUGACUCGAGAGAAUGAGAGAGAUAGUGUAUAGCUCCUAUUAAUACACAGCACCGUCAUACAGCUGAUGGAUAGACAGAUGAAAUGAUUUAAUUUAGAGUGAGUAUAUGAUGAGUGAAUGACUAGAGUGAAUGAAGAAAGUGAGGUUACUCUCUGGUAGGUGUGUCUGUGGGCAUUUGUGCCAUGUGUUGUCUGUGUCAGCACCGCCAAAGACAAUGACCAUGAGGCAUUGGGAUUAUUAUAUAUGAAUGUAUUACUGAAGCUGCAUAUAAACUCUAAUCAUGAUUA